GCGACAGCACCCGUCGGUCGCGCUGGUGUCUGGGAAGGAGAGAAAAUGGCGGCGGAACCGAGCAAGACAGAAAUCCAGACUCUUUUCAAGCGGCUUCGCGGAAUUCCGACCAACAAGGCCUGCUUCGACUGUGGCGCCAAGAACCCGAGUUGGGCCAGCAUCACGUAUGGUGUUUUCUUGUGCAUUGACUGUUCCGGGGUGCACCGCUCCCUGGGCGUCCAUCUCAGCUUCAUCAGGUCCACAGAGUUGGAUUCCAACUGGAACUGGUUCCAGCUGAGGUGUAUGCAGGUCGGCGGAAAUGCCAAUGCGACAGCUUUCUUCCGCCAACAUGGAUGUACAGCCAGUGACGCCAACACCAAAUAUAAUAGCCGAGCUGCCCAGAUGUACCGGGAAAAGAUCCGGCAGCUGGGGAGUGCAGCCCUGGCGAGGCAUGGCACUGAUCUUUGGAUAGACAAUAUGAAUAGUGCUGCCAGUCACUCCCCAGAGAAGAAGGACUCUGAUUUCUUCAUGGAACACUCUCAACCCCCUGCUUGGAAAGUACCAGCCCCAGACCUAACAGAGACGCAGCAGCUAGCCCCUUCUGCAGAGAUCAGUAGCCUGGCACAGCCGGAACACGGCCCCAACAUGGACCUGCUUGGCACCUCACCCAAAGCCUCUCUGGAACCGAGAACCUCCCUCAUUGGCAAGAAGAAGCCAGCAGGAGCUAAGAAAGGGCUGGGUGCCAAGAAAGGCCUGGGGGCCCAGAAGGUGAGCAGCCAGAGCUUCAGUGAGAUCGAGCGGCAGGCCCAGGUGGCGGAGAAGCUCCGUGAGCAGCAGGUGGCUGAUGCCAAGAAGCAGGCCGAGGAGUCCAUGGUUGCCUCUAUGCGCCUGGCCUACCAGGAGCUCCAAAUUGACCGUAAGAAGGAGGAGAAGAAGCUACAGAAUCUGGAAGGGAAGAAGCGAGAACAGGCAGAGAGGUUGGGCAUGGGCUUGGUGUCCCGCAGCUCCGUCUCUCACUCGGUGCUGUCUGAGAUGCAGGUGAUCGAGCAGGAAACGCCCGUGAGUGCAAAAUCCUCCCGCUCGCAGCUCGACUUGUUUGAUGAUGUUGGUACUUUCGCCUCUGGACCCCCGAAGUACAAGGACAACCCCUUCUCCUUGGGGGAAAGUUUCAGUUCCCGGUGGGAUACAGAUGCCGCCUGGGGUAUGGACCGGAUGGAGGAGAAGGAGCCAGAAGUGACCAUCUCAAGCAUCCGGCCUAUUUCAGAAAGAGUCACAAACAGAAGGGAGGUGGAAAGCCGGAGCUCAGGCCUCGAGUCCAGCGAAGCGCGCCAGAAAUUUGCAGGAGCCAAAGCCAUCUCAUCGGACAUGUUCUUCGGGCGGGAGGUGGAUGCUGAGCACGAAGCCCGGUCUCGACUCCAGCAGCUCUCAGGAAGCAGUGCCAUCAGCUCUUCUGACCUCUUCGGGGACGUGGAUGGGACUCAUGGAGCAGGUAGCGUAUCGUUGGGCAAUGUGCUCCCCACUGCGGACAUUGCCCAGUUUAAGCAGGGUGUCAAGUCUGUGGCCGGGAAGAUGGCCGUGCUGGCCAACGGUGUGAUGAAUUCUUUGCAGGAUCGCUAUGGUUCCUACUGAUCCAGGCACCACGGCUCAAGCAUAUGGUGGCAAUACAGCAAAACCCCCAUGGUUCCAAGGCCAGGGGUGCUUGCCUUGUGGAAGCUGGGGAGGAAUUGUUACUUUAUGUGUUGUGUGUGAGUUGGGUGGCUUUUGAGUAUCUCGGGUGAGGGGGGAUGGGCAGUUCCAGCCUUGACCUCUGCCUGUAGACUGAGCCCUGUAUUCUCCUCCCCUCACACCCCCUGGCCCAUGUGCUAGACACUGUCCUUUGAUCCUGCCCGCCCCC